AUGUUCGCCUCUGAUCACAUUGAAUGGCGGUGCUGGCUCGAAGGGCCGAAUGGCCUACUCCUCCUGCACCUUUAUUUCCAUGUUUCUGUGUUCCUCCUGCAGGUUAUCAUCAAUCUUGUGAAACAGACGGGGCCAGAGAAGGUGAUUAGCGACGCCUACCGGAGGCAGGUUGAGAUUUUCAAUGACCCGCGUCUCAUCUAUGUGGCCUUUGAUUUCCACCAUCAAUGCCAGGGCCGGCGGUUUGAAAACGUGGAGCUCCUGACUGAAGGAAUUAGCAACAUCAUCAGCGAUCAGCGAUGGUUCAGCGCCCACAACGGCGUGGUGAUGAUGGAGCAGGAGGGAGUGUUUCGUACCAACUGCAUGGACAGCCUGGAUCGCACCAACAUCGUGCAGGCCGCCAUUUCCCGCCACAUCCUGGGCAGCAGCAGCUGA